CCACUUUCUCCCAAUUCCACUCUUCUCACAUUUCUCUUGUGACCUUAUCUACCGUGCGUCUCCAUUCUUCCACGGUCCCCAUCUUCUACGCUCUCAAUUCCUCCGCAAUCCCUUUCCUUCUCUAUCUUUUCUCUCAACUUGUUCAUUCUCUUCUAUUUUAUGUAGUAAAGUUAUUAAAACUCAACCUACUAUGAAGUUUGGAGAAGUUCUCUUACGGAGUGUUCAAGAUCACGACGGCGGCUGUCACGGUGGCCUUCGCCUACUUCUAGUCAACGAGAUCGAUGGAAUCAAGGUUCGAAGGGGUGGAGGUGGGAUAUCUCUAUGAUAUCACCGGCGAUGACGCUGUCUAACAUUAGAAAAUGUUUGUUUAGUUGAGUUUUUUCUCCUGCCCACAUUAUGCUUGAUAAAAUGUUGGAAUGAAAGUGUAGU